AUGGCAGCACCAAUCUUUAACACUCCCUCCUUCACACUCUUUGUUUUUCUCUCUCUUCAACUUUCUCUUUCUUUCUCUUCCUCUCCCUCCAUCCAUGACCUUCUCCGUUCCAAAGGGCUACCCCCUGGCCUCUUGCCUGAAGAGGUAAAGUCCUACACUUUCUCCCAAAAUGGGCACUUGGAAGUGUUCCUAGAUGCCCCUUGCUUGACCAAGUACGAGAACAGGGUUCUCUUUGAACAAGUAGUCACUGCUAACCUCACCUAUGGUAGCCUCAUAGGAGUUGAGGGUCUGCAACAAGAAGAGCUCUUUGUGUGGCUUCCUGUCAAGGACAUAAUCGUAAAUGACCCUUCUUCAGGGUUGAUACUCUUUGACAUUGGCCUCGCCCAUAAACAACUCUCUCUCUCCCUCUUUGAAGAUCCACCUCACUGCAAGCCCGAAGGUGGGUUGAGGAAUCAUGUGAGGAAGGAAAAAGGUUUUGAGUCCCUGAGGUAG